UGAGAUUAGUUUUGAAUUAAAUUUCAAACUUCGAGAUUUUCUAAUGUUAAGUUUAGUUUUUAGAAAAACAAAAUAAUGAAAUUCUAUUGUGAUUUUUCAAAAAUGGCUUCAAUGGAAAUUGUUAUUCCACCUGACAGCCUUAAGCCUUGCGAGAUUCUUAAAGGAAAAUCUAGAGAGAUCAAAUGUGAUUAAAGAUUGUAUAAUAAUAUCUCUGAAUUAAUUAGAGGCAAUUAGUAUGUUAUCCUUAGGUUAACAUGUAUGAUUGCUAUGUGAUUUUGCUUAAGAUUGAAAAUGAGACAAUCCAUUAAGGUGGGUGAAUGUUUUUUUUGAAUUUUUAUAAUUCUGAAUAUAUUCUUGAAUUCGUGGCUUGUAGUGUGUGCAAGAUUACUGAUCACAGAGAUAGAAAACUAAUGGUUCCUAGGGGGUGCUAGACCACUGGUUACACAGUUAUGAAAUUGUGAUUCCUAGCAGUGAACAAAUUACUAAUUACAUGUUAAGACAUUAUGGUUCCUAGUAGUGGAGUGACUACUAAUCAUAUGUCAAGACAUGAUGAUUCUUAGUAAUGAAAGAGUCUACUGAUCCUAUGUCAAGACAUUGUGAUUCCUAGUAGUGGAGUGAGUGACAGUGUCUUGAUAUAGGAUCAGUAGACUCUUUCAUUACUAAGAAUCAUUAUGUCUUUACUAAUCACAUGUCAAGAUAUUGUGAUUCCUAGUAGUGAAAAGUCUACUGACCACAUGUUGAGAAAUUAAUGAUUCAUAGUGAUAAGAUUAUUGGCCAUGUUAUGAAGUUUCGAAUAGUAGACUAUUGAACACUGGAUUUGUAUUUCUUGAUAGUAAGACUAUUGACUUCAAAGUGACUUCUUUGGACCAAACAUGUUUUGGUGCCUUGACUUUAGGAAAAGAACAUACUCUGAAUGAUGUCUUGUUUGUGCCGGACAUUCGUAAGAACCUUGUCUUGGGGUCUCUCUUAAGCAAGCAUAGCUUCCGCAUGGUGUUUGAGUCUGAUAAGGUCGUCUUGACCAAGAGCGGAGUUUAUGUGGGUAAGAGGUAUAUAUCGGGCGGUAUGUUUAAGUUCAAUAUAAUGACUAUUAUCUUAAAAAUGAAUGAGAACUCUUCUUCUUCUGCUUAUAUGUUUGAGUCCCCUGAAUUGUGGCAUGGUAGACUGGGCAUGUGAAUUUUGACUCUUUGCAUAGAUUAAUCAAGUUAGAUCACAUAUCAUCUUUCAAUAUUAAUCUAAAUCACAAGUGUGAAACUUGUGUAGAAGCAAAAUUGACUAGGAUUUCAUUUCAUUUUAUUGAAAGAAAUACCGAACCUUUAGAUUUAGUACACAGUGAUGUGUGGCUUGAAAGUCGUAUAAUCACGUGGUGACAACAAGUACUUCAUCACUUUUGUUAAUGAUUGCACUAAAUUCUGUUAUGUGUACUUGCUAAAAAGCAAAGAUGAGGCGAUUGAUAAAUUUAUUCUUUUUAAGAAUGAAGUUGAGAAUCAACUAAGUUGAAAGAUCAAGGUUUUGAAAAGUGAUCGUGGCAGAGAAUAUGAAUUGCCGUUUAUUGAGAUUUGUGCUCAAUCCGGAAUUUUCUAGUCAAAUGGUGUUAUUGAGCGGAAAAAUAGGACGUUGAAAGAAAUGAUGAAUGCAAUGUUAAUAAGUUCUAGGUGCCAUAAAACUUGUGGAGGGAAGCAAUUCUCUCUACGAAUUAUAUUCUAAAUAGAAUACCUCGGAAGAAAAUGGACAAGAUUCCAUAUGAAUUAUAGAAAGGUCGCAAACCUUCUUAGAAUAUCCUACAAUUGUGGGAUUGUCUUGCAAAAGUAGUGGUACCUAUACCCAAGUGGGUUAGGAUAGGUCUGAAAAUCAUGGAUUGUAUAUUCAUUGGUUAUGCACAGAAUAGCAGUGUAUAUAAGUUUCUUGUGCACAAGACUGAUAUUUCAGAUAUACACGAGAAUACUAUAAUGGAGUCAAUGAAUGCGUCUUUCUUUGAGGACGUGUUUCCUUGCCAAAUUUAAGGAGAGGUUCGAGGUUUUGAGAAAGAACUUGAGGAUGAUCCUAGUGAUAGUGAUCAAGAUGAAGAAGUAGAUGAGCCAAGAACGAGUAAAAGGGCUAAGACUUCCAAGUCCUUUGGCCUGGACUUUUUGACUGAUAUGUUAGAGGGAGAAUCUCAAACUUUCUAUGAAGCUGUGACUUCACCAGAAAGUCCUUUGUGGAAAGAAGCAAUUAAAAGUGAGAUUGACUCCAUCUUACAGAACCAUACCUGGGAGUUGGUUGAUCUACCCUCAGACAGUAAGGCCUUGGGGAGUAAGUGGAUCUUUAGAAGAAAUAUGAAGGUUGAUGGGUCAUUUGAAAAGUACAAAGUGUUAGUAUAGUAUAUUAUUAUCUGAGCUUUUUUUGGUUUGUAAUUAUUCUAUUCCCUCAGGGCUCGACUUGUAAUUGUCUCAUCUCGUAAACCCUAAUCUUCAGUUAUAAAUAGGGGAUGAUAUUCUAUCAAACCCUAAGCUGGUUACUCAAGCUUCAUGGUAUCAGAGCAGAACCUCUAGGGUUUCGGCUUACCCUCGUUGGUAGACCUCUACACCAACGACACUCUAGGGUUCGAAGCUUACCUGGGUGGAUUAUCUGCCGCGUCGAUCUUCAGCUCGUCGAUCUUUGCUUCGUCUUCAUCACUCAGUCGCCAUCGUCACUCAGUCGCCUUCCUCUGUCGAUCGUCACUCAGCCGUCUCUCAGUCGAUCAUCACUCAACCGCCUUCCUCAGUUGAUCUCCUUCAUCUUCGUUCGUCAGCUGCCUUCCUCAGUCGAUCUCGUCAACCACCUUCCUCAGUCGAUCUCCUCAGCUCGUCUUCCUCACAUCAUCGAUCUCCUUUAUCUUCGUUCGUCUGGUAUACUCUCAUCUCUGGUAUACAAAAUACCUCAUCUCUGUAUGGUAUAUAUGUCGUGUAUACACAUGUAUAAAUAAAUAAUCUAUAUGCCUAUAUGCCUGUAUCCGUACCAAUACAUAUAUAAAUAAAUAAAUAAAUAAUUACUCAAAUAAAAAAAAACACACAAAAAAAAAUAAAAAUUUAUGGUUUCUUAAUUUUGUUUUGCCUUUAUAGUGGUCAUUGUGCCUAUUCUUUUACCACCACCUUCUGGGUUUGUGAUUACCUCUAGUUUUGUUGCGGGUUCGGUAGUAUCGCAUCCAUGGCAGAUUUUACCAGUGUGUCCCCUACUUCUCAAACACCGAGGAGUGAGAGUCUCAUAAUACCUACUACCAUGACUAAGAACUCCAACCCUAGUUUGAAAAUCACCGCCUCUCUAUUUAAUGGUCAGAACUACCUAGCAUGGUCUCAAAGUUUGACUAUAUUUUUGAAGAGCCGAGGGAAGAUGGGGUAUGUUGAUGGUAGGAUACAAGCACCUAGUACCACUGACUCGGGUUAUAACUAAUGGGAGAUUACCAACUCUUUGAUUAUGGGUUGGCUUAUUCAUUCGAUGGUUCCUGAAAUUGGUGAGGGCUACUUGUCUAUGGAGACUGCCCAGGAUGUUUGGGAUGUUGUGGCUGCCACCUAUUCUCGCAAAGGGAAUUUCUCACAAGCAUUUGAGUUGCGCCGCUCUAUUGAGAGCUCACUUCAGGGGGAGCAGACUAUUCUUCAGUAUUUCACUUUCCUCACCAACGGCUGGAAACGCCUUGACCACCUGGAAGACUAUAAACCCGUUUGCCUUGCUUAUUCUGUCAUGUACAAGAAGUUCAUCGCACGGGAACGGGUCUUUAAAUUUCUAGCAGGCCUAAAUGUGGAGUAUGAUCCAGUUAGGGGUCGAGUUCUGGGUAUGGACACUCUUCCUUCACUUCAGGAGGCAUUUGCUUAUGUACAGAAUGAGGAGAGUCGCCGGUCUGCUAUGAUGUCCUUUGUCUCUACUGACUGCUCAGCAUUACUGUCUACUGCUCGAGAUGGCCUCAGCCUGACUCCCAUCCUUCCGUCUGCUGCUAAGGAGUCUGUAUUCUAUGAUUAUUGCAAGAAGCCACGGCAUACUCGUGAGACGUGUUGGAAGCUUCAUGGGACUCCAUCCGGGGGUCGAGGUGAUCGGUCUGGUUCUCGAGGAGGUCGGUCAGGCCAGUCUAGAGGACGUAGUUCCUAUUUUCGGGCUCAUCAAUCUAGUGCCGUUGAUACACUUGAUUCUAAUUUUGCUUCUGUUGGCCAAGCUUCUGAUACUGAGCUGGAGGAUACUUUGCGCCAAUUGUUGGACCGUCGGUCUUCUACUGCUCUCAGUACAGCUUCCUCGUCUUUUGCCCGCUCAGGACCUUGUCACGAGGAGGACGGUCGGCAGUGGUAGUGCAGAAAAUGGUCUCUACUUCCUGGAUCAACCGGACAAACUUGCUUAUUCUUCCACCACGUCUUCUACUACCCCCGCUGAUUAAUGGCUGUGGCAUCGGCGUCUUGGGCAUCAUUCCUUUUAUUUACUUAAGCAUUUAUUUCCAUCUGGUUUCGCAAAUCAUCAUGUGUCUGACUUUCUUUGUGAGUCUUGUCAACUUGGAAAACAACACAGAAUUUCUUUUGCUCCCAGUUUGAAUAAAAGUUUAGUUCAUUUUUGAUUAAUACAUUCUGAUGUUUGGGGUCCCUCUCGUGUUAUGUCUGUGAAAGGUCAUCGAUGGUUUGUUACAUGUAUUGAUGAUUUUUCUCGUGCUACUUGGGUGUAUCUCUUGAAAGGUAAGAGUGAGGUUUUCUCUGUGUUUCGCAAUUUUCAUAAGAUGAUUUGUACUCAGUUUGGGGCCACUAUCAAACUAUUUCGUUCUGAUAAUGGCGGGGAAUACAUAA